AUGAAAGACGAAUCGCGACUUCGUGAUCAGGUACCUCCUCCUACCUUCGACGUCGAGGAGGAAUCAGAAGAAGCUCGAUGGGAGAGACAAGGACGAGAAAAGCCCGAAAAGUUCCAGACAACAGCACAAGAAGUCGGCUUCAUAUUUGCCGUGAUCAUGGCACAGCUCAUGUCCGAGUUCUAUGUUUCUGGCUUCAUUGUUCUCAUACCAACACUGGCCACUGAACUUGAUAUUCCGCCUGAAUCGACAACAUGGCCAGCAGGGGCUUUCUCGCUCGUUGUAUCGACAUUUCUACUGCCACUCGGGCGGAUUGCCGACAUGUAUGGAGCAUAUCCUGUCUAUGUCGGCGGGAUCGCUUGGACGGUGAUAUGGUCCAUCGUCGCGGGAUUUUCGACUAAUGAAAUCAUGCUGGAUGUCUGUCGCGCAUUUCAAGGAUUUGGCCCAGCUGCAUUCCUUCCAGCAUCUAUGGCUUUGCUCGGCAGCAUAUACAGACCAGGGCCCAGGAAGAAUCUUGUCUUCUCCAUCUACGGUGCUAUGGCGCCUCUGGGAUUCUUCGCGGGCAUCUUCUUUGCAGGUAUCUCAGCUCAAUUUGCUAACUGGAGAUGGUACUUCUGGAUUGGUGCCAUCAUCAGUGCAUUCAGCGGAUUAGCAGGGCUUCUGACUAUCCCCUCGGAUAUUGCUGAACGGCGAGCAAUGAAUGUCAAGAUGGACUGGCUAGGUACUUUCACCAUCUCUGUUGGUAUCGUCUUGGUCGUCUUUGCUUUGACAGGAUCUUCUGGCGCACCGCACGAAUGGGCGACAGACUAUAUCAUUGCAACCAUGGUCAUUGGUGUAGUCUUCCUUGGCCUUUCUGUGUAUGUGGAAGGAUGGGUCGCCGAAGCACCUCUUCUCCCACCAGAGCUGUUCAAGAUCAAGUACAUGAAACCUCUUGUCUUAGCCUUGCUGCUCACUUAUGGCGGCUGCGGCAUCUACUUGUUGUACGCAACGAACUACAUGAGCGAAAUUAUGAGUGGCACUCCUAUGCAGCUUGUAGCCUGGUGGUCUCCGGCCGCAGUUGGAGGCUGUAUCAUCGCGACUGUAGGCGGCUUUGUGUUGCAUUUGCUCCCUGGCACCAUACUCAUUGGCAUUGCCUCAAUCGCAUGGAUCAUAGCACCAUUACUUUUUGCUCUCGUUCCUGUAGGUGGACAGAACUUCUGGCCAUGGGUGUUCCCAGCGAUGGUAUGCUGCACGAUUGGAAUUGACAUCACAUUCAAUGUUACCAACAUCUUCAUCACGACAAGUCUGCCGACUCGCCAACAAGGACUUGCAGGGGCACUCAUCAACAGUCUGCUCCAAUUGGGCAUCGCAGUUGCUCUUGGUAUAGCAGACAUAACGGUUUCCCAGACAGCGGACCAAGGAGUAGCACAGAAGUACAAGAACGCGUUCUGGCUUGAAGUUGGAUUGGCUGGUGCGGCACUUGUAGUCUUCCUCGGAUUUGUCAAAGUCGACAAGGCAAAGAGUCAAGCGACAGCAGACGAAAAGAUGCAGCAAACAUGA